AUGGGUAUACUGAUAGGUCUCGGUGCCGAGACUCUGGCCGCCGCCAUUACCUUGUGCAUCGUCUCGUCUAUUGUCGUCAUCCUGCGAAUCUGGGCGCGAGUAAGGAAUGGGGCACUCGGCUUCGACGAUUACUUGAUGGUGCUAGGUUCUUUUACCUACCUUUUCUGCUGCAUCGUUGUCCAUCUAGGCUGCUUGUCAGGUUUCGGCGCGACAGACGAGGUCGUUUACGCAAUAGACCCGACAGGCGAAUUGAAGAAGACCGGCAUGAAAUGGCUGUUCUUCUUCGAGGUGGGCUAUAUGUUAUGCCUUCCGCCCGUCAAGGUCAGCAUCUGCGUCGCUCUCCUACGGAUCACAUCACAAAAGCGCUAUACCAUCCCUUUGUGGGUAGUGAUAAUUGUCUGUGUCAUCGGGACUGCCACAGGUUUGGCGACCAUAUUCAUCCAAUGCAAACCUAUCGCCGCCAACUGGAACGGAGAUGCAAAACAUUGCGCUGGAGUGAACCAGACCGGCGUUAUGAAUACAGCCAUGUCUGUGACUUCCAUCAUAACCGACUGGAUGUGUGCAAUUUUUCCAGCAUUUAUUCUCUGGAAGUUGAAUAUGAAGCCGCAGGUCAAGGCCUCGCUCAUAUUUGUUCUGGCCCUCGGAAUUUUAGCCAGUAUAUCAACCUGCAUUCGAUUACCAUAUGUGCACAAGUACAUCCGCGCCGGCGAGGCAUCCGUCGAUGGUCUCUAUAAGGGGUGCCGCAUAGUUAUUUGGUCUACCGUCGAGUGCGGUGUUGGUAUCAUCGCGGGCUGCCUCCCGCCGUUACGACCGCUGCUCGUAAGAUUCGGCUUCGGUAUCAGCUCGACCACUAAGAACCCGACAGGCGGGCCUCUAGCCAACGGCCGUUCCAUUCUCCGCAGUAACGACGACAGGCAAGAAUCACAGCCUGCCGCUGGUAUCAUACGGCUCGAGAGCAUGAAGCGUCCGGGCCGAGGCGAUUCACUAGUGACAACUUGCCAAGGGGGGUCCGGGUCGCGCCCGGAGUGGGGGGAGAGAACUAGCGAGUCCGACGACUGCUCGAGCCAGAAGCUUAUCAUUGUGAAGGAUACCAGGAUAGAAGUCAAGUAUGACGAUGUUUGA